CUGAACUUAGCUGUGUGCUAAGCUAGUCACCUCCCUGGUCUCAUACACAGUCAGUGUGUCUCCUAGAUCUGCAUGAACAAGGCAAGAGACCUUCUGAAGUGUACAGUCCUGGUGUGGCAGGAGCUCUGUGCCUGCCUGCCCUUCAUACCCCAUGUGUGCUGGCUGGGCACACAUUGAUGGACGCCCUGAAUGUCACCGAGCACCUGCUGCUGCUGGCCCUUGUGUGUGGUUUUACUGUUUUUCCAUGGGUGAGUUCAGAAGGAAACUCAACUGCACAACCAGAAACAAGAAGUGUUCCAUGCCCUAUGUACAUAGAGAACUGCUCAGAGAUUUCAGAGCCAGCAAGAUGGAGGGGUUAUUUCUCCCGAUGUCCAAAGUCAUACAAACAUUACUGUGUAAAAGGAAAAUGUCGCUUUGUUGCAGCUUUGAAGGAACCAUCUUGUAGGUGCGAAAAAGGAUAUACUGGGAAAAGGUGUGAAUACCUUGAUUUAUUUUAUUUAAAAGAAGAUCGAGGUCAGGUUGUUGUGAUUAGUCUGAUUAUCGCCAUGGUGGCCCUCAUAAUUGCCAUUAUUUCCAUAUGCAUCUGUUCACAUCGGUGCAGAAAAGCACAUAGAAGAAAACUGAAAGCUAAGGAAAUGGAAAACCUGAAAAAUGAUUCCACAGGGAAAAUAGAAGAAACCCAUUUUGCCUAGAGGUUACAAUGAAGCGACCUGCAGGCAGGUUAAAUGCUGCUGUUACAGAAGAGAAUGGGCUCUGCCAUUGGAUAAAUGUGGAAGACCAUGCAUGUAAAACGGAAAGACUGUAAAUCCAGUGGCUGCGACCAGGAUUGAGUGUUGAUUAUUUAGUAUGAAAAAUGUUGUUCUAAACACAAGGUAUCAUCAUCCAGAACCCCCCUUGUCAGUUCUGUGCUGCCAGACAAUUAUGUUUUGUAAUAUUUAUUUUGGCAGAUAUAACUGAUUGUGGAAAUUGUUAAACUGAUCGUUUUUUCUGGUUAGCCUUAAAGGGGUUGUAGAGGUUCGUUUUUUAUUUUCUAAAUAGGUUCCUUUA